CCUGAACCUCUAAAAUUUUACAAAAAAACAAACAAGAUGGCUGGUAAAGUAAAUGUCUAAAUGAGCUUGGUUGCAUCUGAUGAAAACAUCGCUAGUCUUUAUUUUUUCUAGAUAUUAUUUAUUAGGCUUACUGAAAAGCUUAAAACAAUUGCUCAAACACAGAUUCAUGCAGAUAAUGCUAAUGUUAUAAAAAUGGCAUAGAUGGCAGGCAGAGGAGAUCCCAACAAUAUUCCAGCUACUCUGCACUCACAAAAAAUUACUAUGCAGAAGCAGCAUUUUACAACGCAAAAUCAAUUUCAGAAUCAACAGUCAGUUCACAGUCAGCCACCUGAGAUACUGGUAGCAAUGCAAGAUUUGCAGAAGAAAACAUUUCAGCUUCCACAGACACAUAAUCAGCAACAUCAGUAUCAAGCUCCACAUUUUCAACAAAGUCAACAUACAGAAUUACAGCAGUUUGCUUUUCAAAGAUUCAUACAAAACCCAAACAUUAGAUAUCCAAACUCCACUUCAAGAAUGACAGCUCAAACUCAUUUAAAUAAUAGGCAUACAUUUCAGGGCCCCAGAUUUCCAAUGUCUUUUCCUCCUAUGAACAAUAAUCCUAGUAGUUUUACAAGACCUAUUAUGAACUGUGGAACACCUCAGACCAAUACUUUUUUCUGUAACUCACAACCUCAUCACAGUAUGCUUAUGAAUUCGUCAACUUCCAAUGUGUUUUUAAUGAACCCAUUUGCAAACCAGCCAGCUCCACUAUUGCUUGAAAAAAAUUAUGAUGCCAAAUUUACUAACAAUACUAACAUAAAGGGAAGUAACACAAACACUGGAAGUAAUUUUAAUCAAAGUGGGAACUUCAAUAACAGAAAUUUAAAUAUCUCCUCAAACCUUAACUGUAACUUUUCCAAUUCAGAAAUGUUUGAAAUACAUGUACCUCGGUCUAAUGAAACAGAUACAUCUGGUAUGAAUUUAGGAAAAGCUGAGAAUAUUAGUUUGAAGAUGAAUGAUUUCUCAGGAAAUAGAUUGAAGCCAGGUAGCAUUUCAUAUCAUCCCAGACAGCAAGGAACUCAAAUGUCAAACUUUGCAGAUGGUGCCUAUGAAAGGUACUCAGAAGCAAACAAAUAUGAAACACAGAAAAAAACCACUUUUCCUCCAAGGAAUGAUGAAUCAACUACAAAUAAAAAAAGAGACUUGGAGGGGAAAACAAGUGAAUUAAUGUUAAAUGAUAAUAGCAAAGUUGAUAAUACAACUGGGUCAAAAUCUUUUUUUAGUGGACAACAUUCAGCAAGACCAAAGCUAAACCCAAAAGCACCACAAAGAGAAAACUCAACAUACUAUAGCAGAGAUCAUGACAGCAUUAGAAAAAGAGAUAGUUUCGUGUCAGCUUCCCAAGAUCGCAGAAAUAGAACAAGCAGGACCUUAGGCAAGAGUAGUUAUUCUAAGAGAGAAUAUAGAUCAUCUUCACAUAGGGAAAUGCAUGCACAUUCUCGUUCAAGACUUAGAUCAUCAACUUCACCCAGCAAUUCACGUUCACGUCACAUAAGAGAGAAGUCAUUUGAGCAUAAAAAUAUUCCUGUUUCCUUAGGGUUCAGCUUAGGUUCAGUUUCUAGCCAACUAAGUCAGUAUCGUCAAGAUUUGCUUAAAAGUGAAAAAAAUGAUAAAAUUGAUACUGCAUUACCACUAAAGAGACCUAAGCUGGAUGUUAGUGAUCAUGGUUCUGAUGAGGAAUUGGCAACUUCUGACAACAUUAAUUAUUUUACUCGAAGUUGUCCUGCAGAUUUAUAUUUUAUAAGAAAUUCAGAAACUGGUAACAUGGAGGCUACUCCUAGAAUGAUUGAAUUAGAAAAUAAAUUUGAAAGUGAAAUAGUUAAAAGAUCACAAAAAUUUGUGAGCACUCAAGACAAAAUUGAGGAGCCAUCGCAUCAACCUCCAACUCACCAUCAUCACCAUCAUUGCACUGGCACUAAAUCCUCAUGUGACAGCUCCUCCUCUUCCUCUUCUGAUGAGGAUGAUGAGGAUGAUGGUGCUGUUAGUCAAAUAAUGGAAGAAUGGGACAAAAGAAAAAAACAUCCUUAUAGUCUUCAUCCAGAGCUGUGGUACAAUUUAAAAGGACAGGCCAACGAUGGACCGCUAUGCAGGUGCAGUAUUAAAUCAAGACAGUCAGGUAUUCGGCAUGACAUAUAUCCAGGAGAAAAGGCUAUUAAUGUAUGCAAAGAUGAAAGUAACAAUCUGAGAGAUUUGUAUCACUAUCGAAUAACUAUGUCGCCAUACACAAACUUUCUUACAAAGGUGCCUACCCUAAUCAAUCAUGACAAUCAUGAGUACAUCUUUGAAGGAUUCUCAAUGUUCAGUCAUAGCAAACUUGAAAAUAUUCCACCAUGUAAACUUCUGCGUUUUAACAUUGAGUACACAAUCCACUUUAUCCCUGAAUCUGCUCCUGAGAACUUCACUGUGCGCAGUAUAAAUUUAUUCAACACGUUUAUAUUUUCUGAAAUUUUGGAACUAGUUGAUUUGGACUGGACUGGUCAAGAAGGGGGAUGCAAUCGUUUUCACUUUAUGCCAAGGUUUUGUCGAACUCUUCCUGAUUCUGGAUGUAAAGAAGUACUUUCUAUGAAUACUGUACUUAGCUUUUUAAUCAAAAGUGCUUCACCUCUUGUUGAAGAGUCAAGACUCCAAGAAAUCAUGGAUUGUGGUGAAAGUGAAUGGCACAAUAUGGUUGACAAUUUAAGAGGCAUGAUUGUCACAAAUCCAGGCAUGAAACCAAGCUCAGUUCGCAUUGACCAGCUGGACAGAAAAGUUACUACACCACAAAUUAAAUUGGACAGUUUCGUUGAAAGUGAUGAUGAAGAAAAGGGUAAUAAACCAGAUAAAACAACUACACAAGAGGAAGAUAUACAAAAUGAUCUACCCAAGUACCCACUAAUUAUUCAUCAGGGUUAUAGACCAGCACAACUGAGCUAUGCUGGUGACCCAGUCUACCGUAAGGCAUGGAAACAAUAUGUAAAAUUCCGUCACCUCUUAAAUAGCAAACCUAAAAUAUUACCAGCAGACAAACUGAAGCUAAAAGAACAGGAAGAAAAGCUUAGGGAAAUUAGAAUGAAGAAAACGAUGAAAAGAGAAGUAACAAUAGAGCUAAGCAGCAAAGGUUUCCUUUGUACUGGAUUACGAGCCGAUUUGUGUCAACAUGCUUUGAUGGUUCCAGUUUUAAUGAGUCACCUACGAUUUCACAUUUGCCUAGACAUACUUGAAGAUAAAAUUGAGUACAAAUUUGCAGAUAGAAAUUUACUUCAGUUGUCACUGACACACACAUCUUAUCGUACCAAUUAUGGUACAAAUCCAGACCACACACGCAACUCUUUGACAAACUGUGGUAUGAGGCAGGUUGAAUAUGGUGAUAGACGUAUUCAUUAUCAAAACACAAGAAAAAGAGGAAUAUGCAUACUUGUAGACAUUAUGUCACGUCUUGGAAAACAAGAAGAAACAGCAUCAGAAAUUCCACACAAUGAGAGGCUUGAAUUCUUGGGUGAUGCUGUGAUUGAGUUUUUAACAAGUGUUCAUCUUUUUUAUAUGUUCCCAUGGUUAGAGGAAGGAGGUCUUACAACUUAUAGAAUGGCCCUAGUUCAAAAUCAACACCUAGCUGUUUUAGCUAAAAAGUUAAAACUACAUGAUUACAUGUUGUACGUCCAUGGCCCUGAUCUAUGUCAUGAAUCUGAUCUUCGUCAUGCUAUGGCAAACUGUUGCGAAGCUUUAAUGGGUGCUUUAUUUUUGGAUGGAGGUAUAGAUGUGGUUGAUAAAAUUUUCUCACGUGCAUUAUUUGAUGAUGAUCAAAUACUUCUCCAUACAUGGAAUGACCUGCCCAAGCAUGUGUUACAGCAGCAAGAACCAGGUGGUGAUAGGCGAUGGGUUAAGUCAAGUCCUAUUUUGCAGAAGCUUGAGAAGUUUGAAGAAUCAAUUGGAAUUCGUUUUAAUCAUAUUCGGCUUUUAGCUAAAGCUUUUACACACAGAAAUAUUGGAACAAAUCCUCUUACUAUGGGCCAUAAUCAGAGGUUAGAGUUUUUAGGAGAUACAGUAUUACAGCUCAUAGCGUCUGAGUAUCUGUAUAAACAUUAUCCUGAGCACCACGAAGGUCACUUGUCUCUUCUUCGGUCAUCAUUAGUAAACAGUCGGACGCAAGGUCUUGUUUAUGAUGACUUAGGAAUGUCAGAAUAUGUUAUAUUCAAUGAGAAUGCUAUCAGUGAUGGUUUGGAUAUGAAGACUAAACAGAGAGCUGAUAUUCUGGAGUCUUUUGUUGGCGCUCUUUUUGUGGAUAAAGAUUUGGACUACUGUAGAACUUUCUGUAAUGUUUGUUUCUUUCCAAGAUUAAAGGAUUUCAUUUUGAAUCAAGAUUGGAAUGACCCGAAAUCACAGUUGCAGCAAUGUUGCUUGACUCUUCGAGAAGUUGGAGGAGGAGAACCUGACAUUCCUGUAUACAAGGUGAUAGAAUCCAUUGGCCCCACAAAUACACGCAAAUAUGUUGUAGCUGUGUAUUUCCGGGGUAAACGUCUAGCUAGAGGUACAGGUCACAGUAUUCAACAAGCAGAAAUGGCUGCUGCUACACAGGCUCUAAAAAAACGUGCAGAGUUGUUUCCAAUUUUACAACAUCAACGUAGAUUCCUAGAGCGAAUGAAAAAUGGAGAACGAAUAAAAGAAGAUGAUGAACCAGAGGCUGGGAAAAAAUCAAGAAGAGUAAAACUGAGCCGUAGAAAAAGUAGUGGGAAAAGACACGCUAAUAUUUAGAAUGCAAGUUUUAAAUAAUUUGUAUCAGCUCUUCUGUAAAUGUAAUGGAAUCAUUUGUUUUUAUAGUUUAUUGUAUUUUUGUUGAGCUAGAUUUAUGUUUUUAACACUAAUUUCAUUUACUUAUGAUACUUGUAUUUGUAUAAUAAGUUAUAAAAUACUUCCUUGGUCUUUAUAUUCAUGGAUGUUACUUUUCUGAAUUUUGGCAAAUAUCCUACUUUUUCAGAAUCCUUAUUUUCAGUACAAUUUUUUUCUGAUGAUAGUUUCAUUUGUAUUAUUUCUUUAAAUUUAGGGAAAAAAUGUUGCCAUUUAAAAGAAUAAAAUUUACAUCAAUGACAUAUUAUACAUUGAUGUGUAAACUAAUGUUAAAUCACAGUGUCCCCCACUCCCUACCCUCUCUUUUAAUUGCUGAUAAGGUUUCUCUAGAUCUAUGUGCAUUGAAUAUUUUAGGCCCAAAUAAAGUUUUCUUUCCUAUAUAGGUUGGAUAAGUCUGGGAUACUCUCAAGAGUAGACCUAGAUCAGUAAAUUGAUUAAUUAUAAUGUUUUAAAUUAUUUAACUGUCUUUAUAGAUUGAUGGUAUUUUAGUAAGCAUUGAAUCAAAAGUAAAAGUGCAAAUAGAAAAGUCACAUAUUAAAUGAGAUUAAUGUUUUAUUGUGAAAUAAAAAAAUAUUUUGUUAAAUUUUUUUUAUUUAUACAGGAUAAAUUGUAAAAAAAUAAUUUUUUUAUUAAAUAAAGAUAGUAAAGAGAUUUUCUAUAUUAAGCUUUUAAGUAGUACAGCAACAUAUUGAAGCAGCUAAAAUGUAGUGACUUUGAUGUGACAAAAAUUUCUUAUCUUCACAUUGCUAGGAUUAAUUUAGCACUGUUCAUUUUUUGUGUGGAUUUAAUCUCAAUUUGUCAGUUUAAUUUUUAAAAAAACAACACUAUUUUUAUACGCCUAUGGGGUUGUUCAUAAAUGAUGUCACACUCGUAGGGGGAGUGGGUUCCAUAAUUUUGUGAAGGUGUGUGAUGAGGGGGGGGGGUUCAGAUGGUGUGACGUCACACUUUUGUAUUUAAAAAAGCAAUUUCAAGCAAAUUGUAAAAUGAAUUGAUUAAAAUACUCAAUGUUUCAGACAAGAUUUUGACAAAAUAUCGAUUUUUAAAGAAAAAUUCAACUGCAAUCUUGAGAGGGGGUGGGGGGAGGUGUGUUGUAGGCUAAGGUGUGACAUCAUUUUAGGGGAAGGGUCUGGAUUUUUGUGACGAUGUGUGAUGGAGGGGAGGUAAAAAUCGUCAAAACAAGUGUACUCAAUGGUCUUUUAAAGUCCUUUAUAUGUUAGCAUUGUAUUAUUAAGGAGAAUAGGUUCUUUUAGUCCUUACAAAAUGUUUAAGGGGGGGAGGGGGGCAUGAGACAGCUAGAAAAGCUAUUCUUUUCUUACAGAAAUUAAAAUAUUAAAUACAAGCAUUAGCUUAUUUGCCUAAAUUAAAUGUCAUUAUACUGUAAUUAAAUGAGAUUACAAAUGCUGGAUAAUUUUAUAAUAGUUCCAAAAUAUAUGUAAAAUGUCUGGAAUUCUUCCAAACAGUCUUUUAUUUUAUUUUCUAACCUGUACAGUGACUGUAAUUUUAAUGUAAUAAAAGUGGUUAUUUUAGAAAGGUGGAUUAUUAAUUAUUACAUCGUUUAAGGAUCUGGCUUUUUUUGUGACUGUGUGUGAGUAUAAAAUCUCCUUAAAUUUAUGUCACAUACAACCUCUUCUCCCAGCUGCUUACUAAAUGUAUAAAAUGAAUUACUGCUACUGUAUGUGCCAAUCAAGAUGACAAGUUUAUUGAAUAAUUAAAGCAAGAAACUCAUGUUAAUGAUAUUGUGAUGUACAUGAGAGUGCAGAUGUUAAAUUAUCAGUUUGCAGGAAAGUUAUAAAAGGAAUGUAGGAAACCAGAAAAAAAGUCACAAAUAUGUAUUUGCAUGGAAUUUGUUAAUACUUUUAUGUAUUAAAUAUUCAGAAAGUGCAAAUCAGCUUACCAUAAAUUAAAUGUAACUAGACUACCAGUCAGUUAUCUAGUUAGAUAACUGUGGGUUUGGGGGUCAUCCAUAGAUAACAUCAAGUCUGUCACUUAUCACAAAAUAACGAGACCCCCACUCAA